AUGCGGCUUUCCACAGGUCUGAGCUUGCUGCUCUCAGCAACUCUGACCAGUGCAGCGAAAUACUCCGAAUACAUCCUCGCCCCCCACUCCAGAACUCUCCACCCAGCUUCCGUCUACCAGGUCAAUGGCACUGUUGACGGGGCAGAGACUUUGACUGGCGACGACGAAGGCAGUGCCACGUUCUCAGGCCCUUCAGCCGUUACCUACGACUUUGGCAAGAACAUCGCAGGACGAGUCACGCUCAACAUCGGCUCCGUCGACGAAGAUCAAUUCAUCGGCCUCACCUUCUCCGAGAGUUCGUUAUGGAUCUCUGGAGUAGGGAGUGAUGGGACUGCUGAUGCUGGCCCCGACGAGAUCUUGUGGUUUCAUCCGACUGCGGCAGGGGACGUGAGUGUUGCUCCCGAGCAUGAACGCGGCGGGUUUAGGUAUCUGAGUUUGAUACACAACUCGACCGGGAGCGUGGAGGUGAGGAGGGUGGAUGUUUACUUCACAGCGAUGCCGCAUUGGGAGGAUGAUCAGUUGGGGGCGUAUACGGGGUGGUUUCAUUGCGAUGAUGAGUUGAUCAAUCGGGUGUGGUAUGCCGGCGCAUAUACCAACCAACUCUGCACCAUCGACCCACACUAUGGCAACUCCCUCGUGCACCUCAACGAAGUCAACUCAUCCAUGCUAGGCGACGAAACACCCCCGCAAACCUGGUACAAUAACUACACUAUUACUAAUGGUAGCAGCGCGCUCGUCGACGGCGCCAAACGAGACCGCCUCGUCUGGGCCGGUGACAUGGCCAUCGCGGUCCCUGGUGUUGUCGUUUCAACCAACGACCUCAUCACCGUCGCCAACUCCCUCGACUCCCUCUUCGCGGUCCAAAACAAAACCUCCGGCCAACUCCCCUGGGCCGGCCGUCCCUUCCCCUUGAUCCCCUCUGCGACAUAUCACAUGUACACGCUCAUUGGUGUGGCGGAUUACUACCUCUAUUCCGACUCACUAGAGUACUUGCAAGGCAAAUGGGAAGCGUGGAAGCAAGCGCUAGAGCUAUCGAUCUCGCAAAUCGAUGCCAGCGGCAUGAUGAACGUUACAGCUCCGAAUGAUUGGCUGCGAAGUGGCAUGGGCGGACACAACAUCGAAGCCAACUCCAUCCUCUACUACACCAUCUACCAAGGCAUCACGCUCGGCCAGGCCGUCGGCGAAGACCAAACAACCCUCGACACCUGGCAGUCCAAAGCGGAAGGGAUCAAAACUGCCGCCAACGCCCUCCUCUGGAACGGCACAACAAACCUCUACCACGACAACGAAACCACCACCCUCUCCCCCCAAGACGGCAACACCUGGGCCAUCCUCUCCAACCUCAGCACCCCCUCGCGAAGCCCGCUCAUCUCCACCGCCCUGCGCACCCGCUGGGGCCCCCACGGCGCGCCCGCCCCUGAAGCGCAAAACGCCAUCUCGCCCUUCAUCUCCGGCUUCGAACUCCAAGCCCACAUCCUCGCCUCCCACCCCGCCUCCGCCCUCGCCCUCAUCCGCCUGCAAUGGGGCGCCUUCAUGCUCGACGACCCGCGCAUGACAAACUCCACCUUCAUCGAAGGCUACGCCUUCGACGGCACCCUGCACUACGCGCCCUACACCAACGACGCCCGCGUCAGCCACGCGCACGGCUGGGCGACCGGUCCUUCAUCGACUCUUUCCUUCUACAUCGGCGGCAUCCGCCUCCUCGCCGCGGGAGGAAGGGAGUGGGAGAUCCAUCCUCGCCCGGGGGAUCUCAAAUUUAUCGAUGUGGGGUAUGAGACGAGUUUGGGGGUUUUUGAGGCCGUCGUGAACGCUACGGGGGAUGGGACGGUGACCGGGUUGAGGUUCAGCACGCCGCCGGGCACGAGGGGGAAUGUGGUGGUUGAGGGGGGUGGGAGGGGAUACUUGAGGAGUGGGAAUGGGUCGCGGGUGGAGGUGGUUGAGGGGAUGGCGAGGGGGGUGUUUGGGGGGACUACUUGGGAGUUUGUUGCGGAGGGGGGGAAUGGGACGAGUGGUGGUGGGUGGAAUGGGACGGGAAGUGGGACGGGGAGUGCGCCGCCGGAGCAGCAGACGGGUGGGGCGGGGGCGGCGGUGAGAGGUGUGGGUGUGUCGAUGUUGGGGGCGCUUUUGGUUGGGGUGGUGGUUUGUUUGAUGUAA